AUGAAACUAAAAAUUUCAACUUUUAAAGAACCAAAACAUACGGCGGUCGUGACUUGUGUAUGUUGGAACAACACUGAGGAUGUAUUUUCUUGCAGCGAUGAUCACAAAUUAUUAAAAUGGAACCUGAUAAACAACGAAUGUAUGAUAGUUGCUACAUUCGCAGAGGAUUUUUUCCCAACAUCCAUGAAUCUAUUUCCGAAAACGGGACAAAGUGGUGUAAAACAUCAACACGACGUUAUAUUAAUAUCUACUGCUGAUGGAAAGUUUCAUAUAGUUAAUCAUAACGGACGCAUAGAAAAAAGCGUCGUUGCGCAUCAGGGAGCAUGUUUGACAGCACAGUGGAGUCCGGAUGGUGCAGGAUUAUUGACUGGUGGUGAAGAUGGCUUCGUGAAAAUCUGGUCUCGUAACGGCUUACUCCGAUCAAGUGUUGUGCAGUCUGAUGUUCCGUGUUUUAAUGCGAAAUGGAGUCCAGAUAGUGGAGCUAUAUUAUACACAAAAGGCAAUUGCCUCGUCAUCAAACAUUUGAAUUCUAAUUCCAAAGUAAAAAAGUGGAAGGCACACGAAGGACUUAUUCUUUGCGUAGCAUGGAAUCCAAAUUAUAAUCUUAUAAUUUCUGGUGGCGAAGAUGGUUAUGCAAAGAUUUGGGAUACAUUUGGACAGCAAGUAUCCAUAAGUGUAAAGCACGAUCAACCAUUGACAAGUGUGACAUGGUCACCCACUGGUAAUAUGUUCGUCCUGGGGAGUUAUAAUUUGAUAAGACUGUGCGAUUUGAAUGGGCGAUCUUAUUGCCUUGAUCGGCCUUCAACGGGGAGUAUUUAUAGUAUUGCGUGGUCGUCAGAUGGAACCCAGUUAGCUGCAGCCUGUGCUAAUUGUCACGUGCUUUUUGCUCAUAUAAUAGAAAGAGAGUACACAUGGCGGAGUUACGCCUGCAAGCAAAUAACACGUAAAAUGAUUACCAUAAAGAAUAUAAUCACAGACCAAAGUGACCAAUUGGAUUAUCCGGAUAGAGUGAUACAAAUAGCGCUUGGUUUCAAUCACCUGGUUAUAGCGACCGUGAAACAGUGCUUUAUUCAUAAACUUACAUCUUGGAAUACGCCAGUGACGUUUGACUUGAAGGAAGGCAGUAUUAGUAUGAUAUUAUUGGCGGAAAGGUGCAUAUGCGUCGUAGAGAGGGCCGGUGUAUCGGUAUACAGUUACAUGGGUCGCUUACUUGCCAGCCCCCGAAUCCCUCGACCAGAGACGAUUGGACAAGCAACUAUAUCUCUUGGGCCAGAUACAUUAGCUGUUAUUGAUCAUACUGAUAGAAAACUAAUUCAGGUAUUUGAUCUUCCAACGGGUCUCAUUGUACGAAGCUCCACUGACAAUACGGUAACAAAAUUGACACACAAAAUGACCGUAUCGUGCAUCGCCUUAAGCCAAACAGGACCGCUGAAUGAGAGGCAACUCGCAUUAUUGGAUUAUAACCGAGAUUUGUAUGUGGUUACUGUUAAGGAAACUAAGCCGAAAAUGUUUAAAUUGGGACCUCAAGUUUUAGGCAUUACAUGGAGCAGUGAAACAGAACUUCUAGUAGGGUUGCGAGCGAAUUCCGUUGUUGCCUGGUGUUGUCCAAGAGCUGCAACUCAACCUGAUUGGCUAACACUCACUACUGUUAGCAAGGAUAUAAGCGAUUUAGGUAGAAAUCCAAGUAUAAUGAACAUCGAAGAUGGAGUGGUCUGUGUACGCCGAGGAAAUGGGUCAUUGUUACGUAUAUCCCUUGCGUCUUUUCCGGAAAAGCUGCUGAAACAUAUAGCGGCCAAUAUGUGGGAUGAUGCAUUACAACUUUGUCGAACAGUUGAAGAUGAAACACUAUGGGCGUGUUUGGCAGUACUAGCGUGGCAAUACAAUCAAUUGCCCGUUGCUGAAGAGGCUUUUGCGCUUAUCCAUCAAUAUCAUCAAGUCAAUUAUAUACAGCAUUUAAGGUCCUUGAACUUGGCAAGGCAAGAGCAGAUCCAGGAGCGAUGUAAUAGGUACCGGUUGACGUGGUCUGUUGAUGAUUUACCCAACAAUCAGUUGGAACACAUAUUAGUUGAUGAUGAUCGCAAGCUUCUCUAUUGCUAUGUUCCUAAGGUGGCAUGUACUAAUUGGAAAAGACUACUCAUGACAUUAGGUGGAAAGUGGAAUGGAACUGAUGUUCUAGCGAUACCUGGUCAUAUAGCCCACUCCCCGGGCAUGUUUAGAAAUCUAAGUUCAGUGCCCAAAGAAGAACGAGAUGAAAUGCUGGAGAAUUAUAACAAAAUGAUUAUUGUAAGGAAUCCCUUUGAAAGACUUCUAUCGGCAUACAGAAAUAAAUUGGAAAUAGAUACCCCGACUGCAACUUAUUUUAGGAAUCGCCUGGGUAGGAGGAUCAUCAAGGCCUUCCGAGAUAACCCAUCGAAUGAGUCCCUUGAACUGGGAGACGAUGUCACGUUCAGGGAGUUCGCCCUCUUUCUAACAACGAAGACAGAAGAACUGGCAGAUAUGGUGAAUAAUGAACAUUGGCAGCCGAUAACCAAUUUGUGCCAUCCGUGCCUGAUAAAGUACACGUUAGUUGGCAAAUACGAAACUCUUCUGGAUGACGCUCUAUUAGCCCUUCACACAAUCAACGCCACUGAUAAAGUACAAUUCCCAAGGCUGUCUCACACGUCAGGAACUUCGGAAAAACUGAGCAAGUAUUUCGCCCAACUGGAGUUGCCGCUUAUAAGUAAAUUGUACAAAUUGUAUAAAUACGAUUUCAGAAUUUUCGAUUACCAUUUAGAUAAUAUUGUUGGUUUUGAUUUAGGCUAG